CGAUGAGCUAGAAAUCUAAACCAAUCUCCCCAUUUCUCCUUGGGUUUUAGUUAAAAUGGAAGCCACAAAUUUGGACCAAUUUCACCCUGAGAAUGGAGACAGGCAAAGAGAGCUGAAGGCCUUUGAUGAGACCAAAGCCGGUGUGAAAGGUCUGGUUGAUGCUGGCAUAACCAAACUCCCAACAAUCUUCAUUCAUCCAAAAACACCCCAAAACUCAUCCAAUAAUAUUUCCACUGCCAACAAACACAACAUCCCAAUCAUAGACCUUCAAGGCAUUCAUGGGAAUGAGAAGAAGCGCAGAGAGGUCGUUGCGGCAAUUGGAGAAGCAUCUGAAACAUGGGGUUUCUUCCAAGUGGUGAAUCAUGGGAUCCCAGGUACUGUUUUGGAGGAAAUCAAGAGAGGGGUACGAGGAUUCCAUGAGCAAGAUACAGAGGUGAAGAAGGAAUGGUAUACACGAGAUCAAUCAAGGAGGGUAAUUUACAACAGCAACUUUGAUCUGUAUACUGCACCAGCCGCUAAUUGGAGGGACAGUGUCCUCUGCAUCAUGGCUCCUAAUCCUCCUCAUCCUCAUGAACUGCCUCCUGUUUGCAGUGAUAUUCUUAUCAAAUACUCCAAGGAAGUGCAAAAACUGGGGGGUGUUUUGUUUGAACUACUAUCAGAGGCUUUAGGCCUCCAUCCAAACUAUCUCAACAACAUUGAGUGCAAUAAGGGGCUAAAUCUUUUGGGGCAUUACUACCCAGCCUGUCCACAACCAGACCUUACUUUAGGCACCACCAAACAUUCCGAUAACGAUUUUCUCACAAUUUUGCUUCAAGAUGAUGAUAUAGGUGGCCUUCAAGUUCUUCACCAGAACCAGUGGAUUGAUGUUCCCCCUACCCCGGGGGCUUUAGUCAUCAACAUUGGAGAUCUUCUCCAGCUUGUGACGAAUGAUAGGUUCAAGAGUUCAGAACACAGAGUGUUGGCUAGCCAAUGUGGUCCAAGGAUAUCAGUGGCAUGUUUCUUAAGUACAUACUUGUUCAUGUCGUCGCGGAUUUAUGGACCAAUUAAGGAACUAUUGUCGGAUGAGAAUCCACCCAAGUAUAGGGAAACCACCGUCGAGGAGUAUAUAGCACAUUUCCAUGCAAAGGGUCUUGAUGGAACCUCAGCCUUGUUGGAUUUCAAGCUGUGAAUUGUCAUUCUCUUUGUUUUCAUUGGAUUUUUUU